AUGCUCAUCCAAAUCAAGGGAGGAGUCUGGAAAAACACAGAGGAUGAAGUCCUCAAGGCAGCAGUCAUGAAAUAUGGCCUCAAUAAUUGGUCCAGAGUCUCGUCAUUAUUGGUAAAUAAAUCAGCAAAGCAAUGUAAAGCAAGAUGGUUCGAGUGGUUAGAUCCACAUAUCAAAAAAACUGAAUGGUCAAGAGAAGAGGAAGAAAAACUUCUACAUCUAGCCAAAUUAUUUCCAACACAAUGGAGAACAAUCGGACCGCUAAUAGGAAGAACAGCAUAUCAAUGCCUCCAACAUUAUGAACGUCUCCUAGACCAAGCUCAAGGGCGAGAAGAGGAUGAUCAAUUUGAUCCAAGAAAACUGAGACCGGGUGAAAUUGAUCCGCAAUUGGAGUGUAAACCCUCAAGAGCUGAUGCAGUGGAUAUGGAUGAUGACGAAAAGGAAAUGCUGGCGGAAGCAAGAGCACGUUUGGCAAAUACACGCGGAAAAAAGGCUAAAAGGAAGGCACGAGAGAAGGCCCUGGAACAAUCAAAACGAAUCGCAAUGCUACAAAAACGUAGAGAAUUAAAAUCAGCAGGAAUAAAUGUUAGAAACUUCAAAAUGAAAAAAAUAACAAUGGAUUAUGAAAAGGAAAUACCAUUUGAAAUGCAACCACCAAAGGGAUUUUAUCCUCCAGAUGAAGAAAGGCCAGCUAACCUAUCAAUUAAGAAUAUUGAGCAACUGGAGGGAAUUCGUCGAGACCAAGAAAUGAAUAAAUUGAGAAAAGAUGAUAUAAGAAAGCUAAAGAGACUACAGAGUGAUGACACACCGGCUGCAAUGUCAAUUUUUGAAAAGUACGACAAAUCAAAAACAUUGAAGAAUAAACUUGUACUACCAGAACCAACAAUGACAGAUGAUGAAAUAAAUCAAAUAAUCAAAAUGGGAGCGGACAUCCAGCUUUUGGAAAAUGUAGCCAACAGCACGGUGGCAAGGACACCAAUGACCACCUCAAUAAUGGAGGAAGCAAGAAUAGCAGCAAUGGCUAAUAGAUUGCAAACACCACUUGAAGGAGAAAUGAACUUUCCCGACUCAUCAUUCCCUGUGCCGCCAACUCCUUCACAGUUUCAGACCCCUAACCCAAUUAAACAGCUUAUGGCUCAGACCCCCUUAACUAUCUUUGGAUCGAGGUCUUCCUCAGCAUUUACGCCUAGACCAAGUGAACCCUCAGUAUAUGAUGACGCCUCGGAUUCGGACCCGAUUGGAUCAAAGGCUAGACUGGAUAUGGCAAGGUUAUACGUAAAGGCAAGCUUGUCAAACCUCCCAGAGCCAGAAGGGAAUGUUGAAGUUACAAUUCCAGAUAUUGAAACCAUGGAAGAGGAAGAAGUUGAACAAGAUUUGGAUAUGGAAGAGAUAGAAAGACGUAAACAGGAAUUGGAAAAGAAAAAACAAGAAGAAAGAGAACUCCUGGAGACACAAGUCAUCCAGAGAAAGCUGCCAAGACCAGUAGUCUUCAAUUCAAUAGUUUUUGUAAAUGACCUAGAAAAUACAUUUAAUGAAUCGCAGUCCAAGUAUAACCAGUUAAUAAAUGAAGAGUUCGUAAACCUGCUGGCAUACGACAGUGUGAAACAUCCUAUUCCUCACGGAAGACCUGCGGACCAGUACAAACCUAAGGAGUAUUUUGAUUUGAAACUAAUAGAGGAAUCAAGGAAACUAAUCGAUUCCGAAGCGGAAAACUUGUCAAAAGGCCUAGAAGAUUCAAAUUUGUUGCUAGAAUGGAAAACGAGCAACUUUAAGUAUUCUCACCUCCAAAAGAGAUAUAUGCCAUGUGAAAAGCUAACACUGCAAGAACAAAAGUUAGCGGAAGAAAUGUUAUGUAAAGAAUACGAGAAACACCUGGAAAAUCUAUCUAAGAGAAUAAAAAGCCUGGAAAAUAAGUAUAAUGUGUCAACUGGAGGGUAUCGCAGUAGAGAAGAAAAAAUACUUAAAGAAAUUGGAGAAAUGUAUGAUUCCAUUAUACAAUCAACAAAUGACUGCAACUCAUUCAAGGAAAUGGAACAGGUGGAAAGAAGAUCAUCGGAGGAGAGAAUAUCAUUCCAGUUGAGCCAAUUACAGAAGGAAAAAUCAAUGAACAGAAAAUUACAGGUAUAA